CAGCUGUUUUUCUUGAUGAUGAUUCUUUCACAAGUAGUGCCACAUUUUGUAUUCUCACAAUGUAUUUUUACAAAUUAGCGACUGGAAGGGAAGAGGUCGCAACGUAGCGGCUUCUUAAUGAACCGCGUUAUAAUCUGGACUGUCUCUGCCGAAUAAUCUCCAAUCGACAUGGAUGUGCAAAACGAUACAGAGUGCAAAAAUCAUGAUACUAGAAAUGGGUGUUUUUAUUCCAAUUAUCUUCAAUCUCCACAUCUUCCUUCAUUUGGGGGACAGUUUUCAGCAUUUCAAAAUUGGAAGGAUUGUUUAAAACGAAACGGUGAAGAAUUCCAUAUAAGUUUGGAGGAUCUAAAGAGCAAGGGAUUAUGGGAAACAAAACGUCAGCAGGCUAAAUCCGAGAAAAUUCCGAACCACGCCCAUGUCAAUCCAUUGAAAAUUGAGAAGAAAGCGAAUAGGGGACCCAACACCCCUACUUUUGGACAAUACUUGCCUGCAUUUGCUCCCGUAUUUGCUGGUUUGAUGCAUAGACGACGGAGAAGAGAAAACCGGCCCAGACGACAGAGGACGACGUUUUCCAACGACCAGACGGUCAAACUAGAAAUCGAGUACAACCGGACCGAAUAUAUCACCCGCGCCAGACGAUAUGAAUUAGCAGAAAUGUUGUGUCUCACAGAAAACCAGAUCAAAAUUUGGUUUCAAAACAGACGUGCUAAAGAGAAGCGGAUUGAAAAGGCUCACUUGGACCAUCAUUUGAGGAACCUUGUUAUCGGCAAACAGAGCAGCAACUUUCCUAUUCCAAGGUGUGCUAGUGACGGUGUCUGUGAAACAAGCAGGUGCUCGUGGGCGGAUCAUACACUUCCGGAGUCAGAAUCCUCCCGCGCCGUCACACUGAGAACGACAGAUGUGACGUGGACAAACAUUUAGCUGUGCUCCAGAUGAACUGUGAAAUCCUAGUUGAUGUACAUUUAAAUUUAUCGUAUUCAGGCUGUCCAGCGGCCCUAAAAUUCCUUUAAAAUAUCCAAAUUUUUUAGUUUUGCUAUUUCCUUAAAAAAUAGCCCGAAGACGCCCUUCCUGCACGAAGAGUAUUUGUUGUGAGUUUCUGGUCAAAUUUGCAAAGGUAAGACCAUUUAAAUAUCUAAAACUGCCUCAAUUUAUGUAUGAAAUUCCUAAUUUUAACCCUAAAUCUUCGUAAUUUUAUCCCUAAAAUUAGCCCUUAUUUUUUGUCAGAGAGUGCUGGACAGCUUGUGUAUUCGUACAACAGGUUUAUAAGAUUUAAAAACAUUCCAUUGGAAUUGAAA